UAUGCGCUCACAUAUGCUCGUGAUUGCAAAUAGUCCACUCAGGAAGUCACGAGUGCUUUGCAUAAUCACCCUUUUACGUAAUGUUGCACAUUUCACCCGUUUGUAUAAUAACGUUCUCUCUCCCUAACACCAGUUAGCACGAAGCAGUACAGUUCAUGGUUAUUGCACACAUCCUUCCCGAGAAAAAUCAAUACACAGUUCCGUGGAGUCAGUAAAGUCGGCAUUCUGUGUAAAAAAAAAAAAAAAAAAAAAAAAAAAGACGUUAGAAAAAAUUUCCCAUGAAGUAUUCUGCCGAGCAAUUUCGAAGUUGGCGUUGCGACCAACCCAGGAAAUGAAAUAAUGAGCCAUAAUCAUGCAAAGAGCGUCUCCCUCCAUUUAUGAUACAGAAUGGGACGACACUCAUUAUAUCUCUUCAACACAGGACGAUUCCCAAGCCAACAAAAGGUACAAAAAGCGAGAUACACAAUAUCGUCAUUGCAACUGUCAUUUACCCAUUUAGUAGUACUGUAUUUUUGGCUCACGGAAAGGAAGAUGUGUUGCAAAUAUUUUCUUAUAUUUUUUUUGAGAACAUGAGAGUAAAAAUGCAAAUGUUUACCUGAAAUAGCUUUCUUUAAAUAUAUUAUAUAAAUAACAAAUGAUUCUUUAUAGUAGUCUUGACAGUAUGGCCUUAAAAAACGGAAAGAGGUAGUUAUCUCCAUACCACCUAUAUAAAGAAAAAAAAAAAAAACUCUUCAGAGCUCUCACUUUUACUGAUAGACAUAUGAAAGGAACAGACGAUAUAAUGCCGAUGAGAAGGACGGGAGAAGAAUGUAGUAGAGGAGAAGGCCAUGGCUUCACCCAACACGUAAGGCCACAUUCUCUCCAGGCAACGAACCCAUCUCUUCCUCACUUGUUAAAACAAAGUUCCAUGAGACUCAGAACUCAUUUCACAGUAGUGACGUGAAGUGAUUUCAACUGGACGUGUAAAGCCCAAGAGUUUAGAGUUGGCGCCGCUCGCCGUCCGUGUGCGCAGUCUCAUGGCAGCGGCGUGUUCGUUGCCCCGCGUCUCCACUUGCCAGAUUCCCCCGAUCCCCAAUCUAUUUUCUCUUUACUCUCAUCUUUAUUUCAUUGCGGAUGUCUCUUUAAGAGCGGGUUAAGUAUAUUUGUGGAAGGAGGAGGUGCGAAUGGUGGGUUUGUGAUGUACGGAGGUCCGAGUGUGUUAAAUGACUUGUGUUAUUCCUUUCAGGCUUCAGCUGCGACCGUGGUAGUGAAAGCUGGCAAGGAGAGGGACCAGAGAGCGUGAAGUACCGAACAAGUGCACUCGCUGUACAUCGCUAGGGAUUUCUCCAACCUCCAACAACAUGAGUCGGUGGAGGAAGGACCCCAUGGAGGUGUGUGGCUCCAGGCACACCAAUGCCACUCUGGAAUUCCACGAGUGCCUGUGCAAGUUUGACUACAGGAACCUAAAGAGACGCCAACAGACGCUGAAGUUCAAGCACUGUUUGUUGGCAGAUGAGAUGCGACGAAUAGACAAUUUUGAACUGUAUAUAAUUAUUGCAGUGGUGAUAGGUGUUGUGAUUAUAUUUAGCAUUGCUGCAUUUUGUUCUUGUAAAUGGUACCUCCAGACUAAUGCCAAUCCAUGUGGGUGCUUGUCAUGUUCAUGUUGCAAGAAAAAGAAGAAAAAGAAAGAUGAAAAUGAGGUUGUGGUGAGUUCGGCAUCACAUGAUCUUGACUUGGGCAAUGGUGGGCAGUCGUGGACCCCAAUCCGUUUGGUGCCCAAUAAAGACACAGUUGAUGGAAGUCCAGACACCAAUCGUACGAGUGCCGAACCUAGUGAUGAUGAUCACAAAAGUUUCUGCAUGAAGUUCUGUCUGAGUGACCCUGUGCAAGACUGUUGUGAAUUCUUUGACUGUGACAUCAUGUGGCGCAAGAAAAGCAUUUAUGCCAUACCAAUAUUUGGCCGUCGCAAGCAGCCUCCACUGCAGCGAAGGCCAACACGGCCUGCUCCUCCACCUCCCAAAGCAGUGGUGCCUCCGGUAGUCAAGCACCCUGAACCAAUUCAUAUAGGCUAUGAUGACGACAUAGAGUGUGAACCUGUCCCUGAAGCACCACCUUCCCCAGAGCCUGUACGUGUGGACCAACCCAGAGCCAUGUAUGUGGAUCCUUUGGCGUUCUUGCAGAGACCCUUCUUGAAAGCAACCAAAGAGAAGGCAGUUGAAGAGGAACCACCAGAGGCCCUGUACAGCAAAAUGAAGGACUUCAUGUUUGGAAAAUCAAAGAAGAGUGCAAGCAUGGCAUCCCUCAACAAGUUGGGUGUGAAUGCUAAUCCAGAUGCAGUCAGCACCACCUCAAGCAAGAAGAGCAAGUAUAGUCGCACAGGCAGUCUAGCAUCGCUACAUAACCUCAGUGAUGAACAGUUAGACAAGAGCUACCAGAGCAAGAGGUCCAUGAGCCUGGCUUCUCUACACAUGGUUGAGGAAGAGUCAUCCAGUAGAAUGACCCCGAGAGGAGGUGCCAGCAGGUUGAAUGUGGCCCGAAGCAGAGGAUCUCUUCACAACAUCUGCGAGGAUGAUGACAUUCCCCCCUCACAGAGGACUGAUGAAUACAUUGACCUGGAGGAAAUGUCUAAGAGGAUAGAGGCAAAGAUGUUGGCCAACCAGAAUGGUGCUGAACAUGUUGGAGUAAUUGGAGCUCCAAGUGCACAGCCACAGGGCCCAGCUGCUAGUCCCCGACCACGCACAAGCCCACGACCUCCAACUAGUCCUCGGCCCCCAACUAGUCCUCGACCCUCAGUGAGCCCUCCAAUCUCUCCCCCAGUUUCAAGUUCCUGGACACCAAAUUUUGUUCCUGCAUCAGCAUACACUGCACCAAAGAGCAAUGAAGCAGUUCCUUUCCAGCCAGGUAGUGCUACUUACUCACCAUCUUUAUACAGAGCACAUGGCCCACAGCACUAUGCAAUGAGUGGUUCACCAGUUCCACCACAUGCAGGUUAUCCACAAGCAGAAUACCCAUAUGGCCAUUCUCCUGCAAUGAUGCUCGAUGAGAAUGGUCAGCCAAAAUACUAUCCUCCUGUGCCUGCUACACAAGACAGACCAGCAGUGCCUGCUAGACUGGCUGUUGGUACUCCAGUCAAUAACACUGGUACGCUGGGUCGUCCAAAGCCUGCUGUCCCUCCAAGGCCAUCAAGUGGGUCAAAUUCCCCAAAACCCAGAGGCAGUGGAGGCUCGCCUAAGCCACGUGCUCCACAGCCACCCUCAACUUUAGGGAGACAGUCACAUGUGGUUAAGCCAACGGCUCCCCCUCCCCCUCCACCUGUUACAACCCCCAUUGAAUCUUCACUCUGAGUGAAGCCAAGUGAAGUGAGGUGAAUGUGAGAUUGUAUAGAAAAUAUUGUACAUAAUGUGUAUUUUUAAUGCCUUUUGACAGACUGCUCAAGGGAUACUGUAGCCAAACUUGUAGUAUUUUUCAGUUUUGGAAACAAUUAGGGCUAUCCUUUUAUAUCAUUAUUCCUUUAUCACAUUGCAGGGUAUCUGUAAGGAUAACUGCCAUAAUUCUAUAGCACAUGUAUCAAAAAUCCAUACUAGACUGUCAUGUAUCAUAUAUGAGAGGGUAGUUUCUUUUUGUUCUGUAGAAAUUAUCAAGACAUAUUGUCAGCAAAAUAGUUUCAUCCAGACCAAAGUUAGAAUAGAAGCAGUUAGUGUACAAGGUAUCGUCAACAUAUCAUUCUGAAGAGCAAGUUGACAGAUGUGAGAAUUACUUCUAUCAACUAGCAAAUGGGACAGUUCCAUAGAUGAUUAUUAUGAUUAUUAUUGUU